UCAUCGUCCAUCACACGUGAAUAUUGGAAGGAACACAUCCAGCGUGUUUGUCAUUGAGCAUGCGUGGUCGAUGGUCUGCACAGGCAGAACGACGUCUUGAAGAAUGCCCAAGGGACCCAAAGGCACGGAACCCAAGGCCGGCACAGAGAAUCGCGUGGUGCCAGCUUACCCACCAUGCAAUGCUCGAUUGCUCGUCGAUGGCGGGGGUGCAGGCGCAGGCGCAGGCUCGGCGGAUAUGCUGGAAGAGCUCGACAUUCGACUUUCAGGCUUGCCCUUCAAGCAAUCGGAUAGCUACGAGUCCUCAGGACGCGGGGCAGGCGAACCAUCAUGGAAGCAUAUCGCGGUGGCGGAUAUGCAUACGGCGGUGGAGCACUGGGAGAGCGUCAUGCAGGCGUUGGUGGAGCAUCCUGAAAGGAGCAGUUCUUGGAUCUCACGCGCAGACAUUGUCCAAUCCCGCACUUGGGCAACUCCUCCGAUGCGCGUGGGUGGGUGGAGCAAGCUGAAAAGCGUACAUCGACGCAUCAUACCUCGCAAAGCUCAAGCUGAUUGGCCCAUCGAGCAAGAAUGCUGUUUCUACGAGCGAUAUCGUGAGAUCAAGGCGGCAAAUGAUGGUGAAGAAUGCAAGUUGAGAGACGCUUUGGUUGUGUAUACGUGCUACAGAUCUCGCUCAGGCACUACUUCCAUUGGACAAAUGCGAGAUGCCGCCACAUCUCAUCGCAGGAAUGCCUGGAUGGGAGUACAGGCUAAAGAUGCAAGUCAGCACGCAGACGAGUCCCAAAUUCCACUCGAGCUGCCGACGAGUGUAGAUGAGAUUCCCUUCUACCAUCCAGCGGUGCGAGCCAUUGCUUUUCAAUUUCUCACGCUACCAGAAGCAGCGGUCUCUAGCUCGCUCCCAGACGAGAGUCUUGCAGAGAGGGGCAUCGGACGGAUCUCCAUUGUUCCAUUCUCCUCGACCAGCUUUCCACUGCAAGCUACAGACCGUCUCAGUCGGACAGCGCUCUCUCUCCUCACACUUCAAUCCAAGCAUGCCUGGGGCGCUUUACACUCCUACGAAAAGCGAGUGACGCACGAUCGUCUAGUUGGCAAAGAAGAGUACAUGGACACUUAUUCGGAACUCAAGAGAUUGCACGCUGCAAGAUUAAUCGAUACGUGGUGCGAAGUGACGGACGCUGAUAAGCACGUCUUUGAAGAUUUGGGCAUAGCUGCUUGGCUGAUGUGUCUUUGGAAGGACAUGUACGCGCAUGCUUGCCCAAGCAGCACAUCUGGCGAGACCUCGACAUCCGCGGACGAGAAAGCAAAACGACCGUGGGAUAGCUGGGGAAGACCACCGGGGGGUUUUGUGGACGUAGGCUGUGGGAACGGUUUACUUGUACAUAUCCUCAACGCAGAGGGCUACACCGGAUACGGUUUCGAUCUUCGAGCGCGAAAGUCUUGGGAUGUUCAUAGAAGCGCACCAGGCGGAGCAAGCCUACACGUCUACUCUCUCGACGUUCCCCUCUACAUUGCUUCCCUUCUCAACCCCGACAUGUCCGAUCCAAGCGCCGACACAGGCGGAACUUUCAUUGAAGGCAACACGCCUAUCUUUCUACCAGGCUGUUUCCUCAUCGCUAACCAUUCGGACGAACUCACACCAUGGAUCCCAGCGCUCGCUGCGCUCAUCCCUGGCUGCAGCUUUGCGAAUAUUCCCUGUUGCGCAUGGAACAUUGACGGCUGCAAAUUUGGUCGAACCCGCUUUCGUGUAGAGAAUGAAGAAGUUUGUCAUCUGCUUGGUCUGAGCGAAGACUCGGGUGGCGUUCAUUGGACGGAAGAGACGAGUGCAGCUGCACGACUACGGAGCAAGAUGACGAACGAGCUGGUACAGCAAACGCAACAAGCUUUGCUUUUGGGCCCGUCCAACGCAGGUUCAAACGUCACGUCGACCACAUCAGCCUCUCGAAACAUAGCCUACAUCCACUACAUUUCCCAUCUGCACCUCAGCGCAGGGUUUCAGAUAGAGAAGGAGGUAUUGAGGAUACCCAGCACGAGAAAUUGGGCUCUGCUCGGUCGUCGAAGAACAUGGGAAUUGCUUAUAAAUUCGGAAACAGAGGAAGAGCAAAGCCAACGGAGGAAGCGUGUGGAGGAUGCUGUGAGGGCCAGAAUGACGCGGGAUGUAGAGUGCGCUAGGAACAAUGCGUGGAAAGCUCGGAUACCUGAAGGCAAUGCCGGCAAGAAUGUACACUAG